AUGGCCGCCGAUGCAGAUGAACGAACGCCCCUCCUCAAAAUCAAAUCCGGCGCCGGGGCCGUGAAGCGGGUCGGUCGCGGCCUCUGGUCACCCGCAAACCGUAUCCUGUUCGCCGGCUUCCUCGUCUCCCUGACACUAGGCCUCACUCAAGUUCCCAUUAUCUACGUCUUCCGUGUAAUGGCAUGCGAAACCUUUUACAAGUCUCACGCCCCCUACGACGGCCCCGCCUCGGAAAUGUGUCACCGCCGUGAGAUUGACGCAAACACGGCCACCCAGGUCUCCAUCCUCGGCAUGACCACCUCCGUGUGCGGCAUUCUUAACCUCUUCAUCUGCGGCGACCUCAUCAAGCGCUGGGGUACUCGCUGGGCCCUUAUCAGCCAGACCGGCCUGCUCGGCAUCCGCGUCUCGUGCCAGGUCCUCGCCGUGUCGCAGGGCGCGCAAAAGGGAAUCGACAUGAUGCAGUACACGCAGCUUAUUGGCAUCUUUGGUGGGCCGAGGGGAUACAUGCUGGUUUUGAACACGGCAAUUGCGGAGGUUGUCGAAAGAAGAAAGCAUACGGGCGUGUUUGGUCGGCUGCAGGGUGCAGUCAUGAUCGGUACCGCCAUAGGGUACUUGCUCGGCGGUGUUUUGGGUGAUGUGUUCGGCAUCACCAGUCCUUUCAUCGUUGCCAUCGGCUGCUUUGCCUUUGCAACGACCUACGGGGCCAUCUUCUGGCCGGCACCCCCAGAAGAGACGGAGCAAACGGACGGCAAGACAACGCCCGGCGCUUCUGGCUUCCUGGCUCCUAUCAAGGUGCUCAUGCCGUCCAAGUACCGUCUUGAAUCUGGCAAGAUUGUGAAAAACUAUGGUCUCGUCUUUCUGGCCCUGGGCAUCUUCUUCGGCGUGUUCGCCACGGGUUAUGCGCCCAUCCUCAUCCAGAUGUACGCCACCUCCCGCUUCAGCUUUGGCACAACGGAGAACGGUAUCCUUAUGUCCGGCAACUCGUGGAUCCGCGGCAUCUUCUUGAUGUUCAUCUUUCCGGAAAUAAUCGACAGCGGACGCAGAUGGUUUGCCUCGUCAUCCCAUGCCGGAGCUCUUCAAAAGACGCUCACCCAGGAGGAACGGAGCGUCAUCCCCACUCACCCCGAGGACAUGGACCCGGCACCCGGCUUGAUGAACGCUUCCGAGCCAACAAAGGCGCCGCCUGAAGAGGAGGACGAGGAUAGCACUUUUGACCUGUUCUUCCUGAGGUGGAGCUUGGUGGUGGAUGGCAUCGUCACGUCCCUCGCGGCUUGGGCAACGGAGGGCUGGCAUGUCUAUGCCGCCGCUUUCCUGCUACCAUUCGCAUCCGGAUCGGCCCCUGCAGCAAAGGGCGUCAUCACGGAAAUGUGCCCGCCGCAUAUGCGACAAGACGCCCUGAGUGCCAUUACCCUAGUUGAGAGUGCAGCUACUCUCACGACGCAGGGUAUCUUCGGCUUCAUAUUUGCCACGCUGUCUGAGAUGGGCAAGCCGAAUCUCACAUUCUUUGUGAACGCCGCUCUCGCCGUUGUCGCCGUGGGCAUUCUUCUACUGGCUCAUUACCCCCCGGUUAACAGUACGCGGGUCGAGGAUGAGGCGAGUGAAGAAAUCAGUGAAUCAAAUUGA